CGUGACGUGUAGGUAAUCCCAGCCAGGUAUCUUUUUGAAAACGUCUGCUAUACACAUCGACAUACGGUGAAUAUAUUAAAAUAUUAUCAAUACAUCGAUUCGAUAAGGAUAUUAUCGCCCAUAGUCCACGUCACAACUGUACAUUAACAGAUUCUACAAUGUUGAGGCUAUUAUUUUUGGCUGCAUUCUUGCAGUGCACUAUAUCUCAACAAUAUCAGCAAAAAGUAGCUCCCGGAGUGCCUCCACAGAAUUAUCAGAAUUAUCAACAGCCUCCACCUCCACCUCCACCGCAACAGCAACAAUAUCAACAGCAGCAACAGUACCAACAACCUCCCCCUCCCCCACAGCAACAGCAACAGCAACAAUACCAGCCCCCACCCCCUCCCCCGCAGCAACAACAACAACAAUAUCAGCAACAGCAACAACAACAGCAACAGUUCCAACAACCGCCACAGCAACAACAGCAACACGGCCAUGCUCAUCAUGGAGAUCCUCAACUCCUGAACCCGGCUAACAUUGCCCAGGAGAGAGAUCACAUCCAAGAGCAUAUGGAGGUCCCAAUAGACACAUCAAAGAUGUCGGAACAGGAGUUACAGUUCCACUACUUCAAGAUGCAUGACGCUGAUAACAACAACAAAUUAGAUGGAUGUGAACUCAUCAAAUCUCUUAUCCAUUGGCACGAGCAAGGGCACAAACAGGCGCCUCAGGCAGGAACGCCGCCGGUUGGCGAAAAAAUCUUCGGUGACGAUGAAUUAGUGAAUUUAAUUGAUCCUAUUUUAAAUAUGGAUGAUCACAAUAGGGAUGGUUAUAUAGAUUAUCCAGAAUUCGUAAGGGCGCAGCAGAAGAGUCAGCAGAAACAAGGACAGUAAAUUUUAGAGUCUUGUAUAGUGGGAUUUGAUAGCAUUUGCUUGAAAAGAAGGAAAUUAGAAGAUAAACAAUACAUUUAAUUAACUUUGUCUACGCUUAAGUUUGCGAAAUGUAUUUUUUAUCUAUGCAGGACCCUUAAGAUGUCUCCUUAACUCGUCGAGUACCGUCAUUAUAGACACAAUUAUAGAACAAUAGGUUGCGGUCACCGGUGACCGCUUGGUGUUUGACAGUUUAAAGUCGUUUACUUAUAUAAGGCGUAGCUGUCGUGAUCAAAAAUUAAAGCUGGCCCUUCACUGCCUUAAAAGACAAGGGUUCAAGUCAAACUUAGGUUUCAAUUUACGAGUCCAACAUAGUAAUUAUUACACAAUUCAGAUAUUAUAGAAAUCGUAGUCUGAAGUUCAUGGUACAGUCCAUGGGACUCAUGAACUUCACUGAGGGCUAGUUCAAUUUUGUUUUUGUUCAGUGUUGUUGGUCCACCCCAAUUUAAAGCAUCUGCAAUCAAUUCCCAUCUAUACGAUCAAACAUUCCGGGAAAAAAAUUAAUGUACUGAAUGAGAUUUUUAUAAAAUACUUAUGCAAUGAAAAAAGAAUAUGAAAUAUUUUUUUGAUGCAGUUUUUAAUAUAACUAGAUGGUAAAUGUAUGUAAAAUGGUAGAAGUCGGGAACUUAGUAUUGAGAUGUAAUGCGAUUCUAUUUCGAAUACGAAUGAAUCUCAAAUAAUUUAUUGAAAAUUUCUCACCUAACGUCACUUAGAAGAGCUCUACUGGUUUCAAGUCAUAACGGGGCUCUUUUUCAUUACCAGCGUGCCUAUAGCGGCACGAUAGUUAUAAUAUAAA